AUGGCGGAGGAUAAGUACAAUCUGAAAAACCCGGCGGUGAAGAGGAUUUUGCAGGAGGUCAAAGAAAUGCAUUCCAAUCCUUCCGAUGAUUUCAUUAGCCUACCACUCGAGGAAAACGUAUUUGAAUGGCAAUUUGCUAUUAGGGGACCUCAAGAUUCGGAGUUUGAGGGAGGAAUAUAUCAUGGAAGGAUCCAGUUGCCUGCUGAAUAUCCUUUCAAGCCUCCUUCGUUUAUGCUGUUGACGCCAAAUGGUCGAUUUGAAACUCAAACCAAGAUAUGCUUGAGCAUUUCAAGUCAUCAUCCUGAGCACUGGCAACCAUCCUGGAGUGUACGGACUGCUUUAGUGGCACUAAUUGCAUUUCUGCCCACAAGCCCAAAUGGUGCACUGGGAUCAUUAGACUAUCCAAAGGAAGAAAGGCGGUCUCUAGCAAUUAAAUCUCGUGAAGCUGGUCCAAAGUUUGGGUCUUCUGAACGCCAAAGGCUUAUUGACGAGAUUCACGAAUAUAUGCUAAGCAGGGUACCUGCAGUUCCUCAAGAAAACACUACAAAGGCUUCUGAAGUUCCAAAUGAUAACAAAGAGCAUGAAAGUCAGGGGAGUGCUCGAAACGCUUCUUCCGAGAUCAUUGAGGAAUUUCUUCCAAAUCCGGCAGUAGAUGAUGGUAUCGUUGAAGAACCAAAUGAAACAUCUUCAAAUGCAAAUGCUGUUCAGACAUCACAACCUGUUUCUGUAGCGAACUCAAUUGAGCAGCAGCAGCUGUUGCAUAAGCCAGAAGCCAGACAUUCCAAGCCGGCCGCUGACCGCUUCUUGACGUAUGCAGCUGUUGGGCUUACCGUUUCCAUUGUUGUUCUUCUCUUGAAGAAGUUUAUGAAAGCUAACGGGUAUGGAACUGUCUUCAUGGAUGAGUCGUGA